AUGAGUGCUGGUCGAGCUCACUCUAAACUACAGCUUCUUGUACUUAAAACAUAUCGAGACUUUCUUCGUGCAGUCCGCCCACUUGAUCCUUCAAUACGUCAGCAGGUGCAGACUGAAUUCCGUGAAGCAGCGACACGCUACCAGCCAUCCGAUCUACUUCUCAUUGAAUACCGAUUACGAAGAGCGAAUAACCAAUUAAAGCAACUUCAGUCAGGAAGUGUGACAUCGAUCGGAAGGAUCACUAUAAAACGAAAGCAGGUCCGACUUCUUUCAUGCAAUAUUCAGAUCACGAUGUUUUCAGUAGCGAUGUUCUGUGUUAUAGAUGUUGUUGUGAGAACGAUGGCGGAUCAUAAGAUUCUUCCCGUCUUCGCUUUCAUAGACGAUGGCGAGCAGCUUCAACAACUCCGCGAGUACCUCAACAACGUUGGCAAAGCCAAGUUGGAUCCAAAAGGAUCACCCGAUGUAUCGGAGAAUUUGAUCGAUAUUUGCUCACAGCUUACAGUAAUGGGGGCUUGUCCCCAUCCUGUUGAGGUUGAUUUCAUCCUCAAUUCUAUUUGUUCACUCAUGGUGCUGGUACCAGCUGAGAAAGCAUUGACUGUGGUCAGUGCGUUUUGUAAUGCGAUUACACCAGCCCAUUUCAAAGGACUCGGAUGGAACAGCAACGCAGGUCACGCAGUCCAUGUUUUAUCAAACUUAUAUCGCGGAUUUGCCGCUCAUCCAAGGAUUCAAGUGAGUGAUUUUCUCAUUGCUUAG